AUGAAGCACAACCUGCCUCCUUUACACUCGAGAGGACCCCUUGUCAAAGUGGAUGCACGACGGGCAGGGGCUCUCUAUCGACCCGGUUGUCUGGAGAUUGUACCCAGUCCUAAGAAAAGAUUGCUGUCGAUGCGCCAAAGAGUGCUUCUUUCUCGAAAGUCGCUGGCAGCAGAACCAGGGCCUAAGGAGAAUAAAUGUUAUUUCAGUGCUUCCGAUUCACAGGGGCCUAUUUCGUAA